AUGCAGGAAGGGGUGCUCCUAGGGAGUGGCUACCCACUGGAGCUUCGACCAACUACCACCGGUCAAUUCCGCUUUGGGGCCACCCCUGACUCUACCAUCAUUAUAGGGGUAUGGGGUUCGAGACAAAGAAAGAUCAAGGCAGCAUAUCAGUUUUUCCUAUAUAAUUUACUUGGAUCCGUUUUUAUGCUAUUAGCUAUUCUGUUGAUUCUUCUCCAAACAGGAACCACCGAUUUACAAAUUUUAUUAACCACUGAAUUUAGUGAGCGGCGCCAAAUCCUUCUAUGGGUUGCUUUUUUCGCCUCUUUUGCCGUCAAAGUGCCUAUGGUACCAGUUCAUAUUUCGUUAUCCGAAGCCCAUGUAGAGGCACCUACGGCUGGAUCCUUCAUAUUGGCUGGAAUUCUUUUAAAAUUGGGAACCUACGGGUUUUUAAGAUUUUCGAUACCCAUGUUUCCCGAAGCGACACUUUGUUUCACUCCUUUCAUUUAUACUCUAAGCGCGAUUGCUAUAAUAUAUACUUCCUUGACCACUUUAAGACAGAUCGAUCUUAAGAAGAUCAUUGCCUACUCCUCAGUAGCCCUUAUGAAUUUGGUGACUAUUGGUAUGUUUAGUCGGAACAUACAGGGAAUUGGAGGUAGCAUUUUACUUAUGAUAAGUCAUGGACUGGUUUCUUCAGCCCUUUUUCUAUGUGUUGGUGUUCUAUAUGACCGACAUAAGACUCGACUUGUUAGAUAUUAUGGAGGUUUAGUGAGCACCAUGCCGAAUUUCUCUAGCAUUUUCUUCUUUUUCACUUUAGCCAAUAUGAGUUUACCCGGCACUAGCAGCUUUAUCGGGGAAUUUCUAAUCUUAGUAGGAGCUUUCCAAAGAAAUAGCUUAGUAGCCACAUUAGCUGCGCUUGGGAUGAUUUUAGGCGCGGCGUAUUCCCUUUGGCUAUAUAAUCGUGUGGUUUCUGGAAAUUUAAAACCCGAUUUCCUCUAUAAAUUCUCCGAUCUAAAUGGUAGAGAUGUUUCCAUAUUUCUACCUUUUCUUGUUGGAGGGGCGACCGUCCGUUGAACUACCAAAAAAGGGUAAACCAAUGUGAUCAUGACAUUGUAGGUGCUUGCGAUGGGACGGAUGCGACUUCCCUCAUAAGUAAUGGGUGGCAUAGCCCGUAGUGGAAGUCCCCUUUUUUUAUCCAUUUCUUUAUUGCCCCAGAGGGGCCCACCCUGGUGGGACCGAGAGAAAGAAAGGACGGGGGGGCGACCAUGCAUGGCACUUCUCGACCGUGUCUCCGAGGGACAGUUGAACGAGCGACUCAUGAAUGCUGCCGGGUCGGACGAGCCAAUAACUCGAACGUGUUCGGUCAGUUUUUUGAGCAAGAAUCACAGCGUUACCUUACCUUCACCAUGAUACGGACUCCAAGUUCUUAUGGCAGAGCACGAGGAGUUUCCUUCAAUAUGAUGAUGAGAAUGGAAACCAGAAGCACGACUGGGUCUUCGUAGUCCGAGAUCAUACUUAUAUAUCAGUCACAGUAACGUAAGCAUGAGACUUUUUGGUAGUACCGGUGAACCAGAUGGCCGCGGCGAGGGAAUCUGGGACGGAGGACUCGUAAUA